AUGGACGCUGUGCUUGUAGUGAAUGGGAUUUUUGUCACCGUCAAUCUGAUUGAAAUCGUCUACAUUUCUUUUCGGGCAUGCAGAAAAAGGGGUUUCAUGCAGAAGUUUCAAACAUCUCAUCUAAAUCCUCCCGAAGAAUCUGUGCAGCAAGAAAGAACACGACUUUUAAACAUCCCGCAUGGAAUUCAGCAGCAAGAAAGAACAGAACCUGAAACAAACAUCCCACAAGAACUUCACCCGGUUGAGGAAAGUAAAGACCAUGAGACAAACAUCCCACAUCUGCCAAGCGGGCCUGAACAACUCCUAAAACCACUUCAAGAAUUUAUCCUGAAUACAAAGAAAAUGAUUAUAGACGACACUUAUCAACUUCCACAACUCCAGUCGCUUUGUUCAAGUCCUCCUGGCAAAGGACACCCACCUAAACAUUUGACUCUGGAUCAGAUUUACACAAACCUUGUUGUUGUACCUGGCAUGACUGAUAAUGACUUUACUGAAGACAGACGGAAGAAUUUGGAAAUUUACACCAGGUCGGUUGAGAAAAACGAAAGACCGAGAGAGCUAGAGGACAUUCUUAAUCACGAAAACCAAAACGUUUUGAUUGUCGGUCGUCCCGGAAUCGGAAAGACACUUUGGUGUACAAAAAUUCUCAGAGACUGGGCAUCUAGCAGAGUAUUCCAUAAAACACCCGAUAACAAAAUCCACUUUGAUGCUGCUUUCUUCGUCGAAUACGGAACAUUAAACACAUCAACCGACCUUAGCCUCAAGGAGCUACUGGUUCGCUCCACUUACUCUUUCAGCAAUCAGCUGGAUGAGGAAGUCUGGAAUUACAUCCUUGAAAACCCCCAGAGAGUUCUACUUAUUUUCGAUGGAAUCAAAUUUAACUCAAAGGUCAGCACGGAAGAUAAUGAACCUCAAUUCAGAAACAGCGUAGACGAGAAGAUGCCGCUCUCCGCCCUUUAUGCCAAGCUUGCGACUGGGAAACUUCUUAACGGAGCUGCUGUUAUGACUACUACAAGAUCUACAGCUCUGUCAUGCAUCGAAAGUAUUCCUUUUGACAAAGUCUACGAGGUCCUUGGCUUCUCAUGCGAACAAGUCGAAGAAUACGUAACCAAAUUUGCUGGAGAAGACAAGGAAGCAGGCGAAACAGUAAGGCGACAAAUCACCAGCAACAUCAAUAUCUUAACUCUAUGCUACAUUCCUGCGUAUUGCUUCAUCAUUUGCUCAAGUCUCUUUCGAAUGGUGAAGAACUAUGGUUCUAAAAGUCUUAGCCUACCAACAAGAUUAGCAGACAUAUACAAGAAAGCCGUGGAAAUGUUCUACUUGAGACACAACGAAGAAUUUCGCAAUAAACAUUUCACUCGCAAAGACUUUGAAUCAGAUUAUUUGCCCCCUGAAGAGGAAAAGAAACUCCAGAAACUGGAAAAAAUGGCAUUCGAGGGAAUUACGGAAGGAAGGCUAAUCUAUGCAGGAAACGAAGUACGCGGAAUGGAAGACGGCGCUCUAUUUCACCGCUUACCCGACCGUGAACUUGACCUACUUAAUGGAGAAGGACAGUUCUGUUUCAUUCAUCUUACAGUGCAGGAGUUUUUCGCUGCAAGGCACCUAACAAACAUGAGUGAAACAGAGUUAAGAAACUUUGUCUCCGAGAACUUCAAAAAAGGCAAAUGGCAGCUGGUUUUUCAGUUUCUUGCAGGACUGAUGGAGGAUACACAUCACCUACCAAGCGAAGUUAUCCCUGACCUUCUUCCUGUGCAAACUGAAGAGAAAGAAAGCGAAUACUACAACGAACAGUGGACAGAGAAUGACGAGCCAAGGAAAGUGACCAGCUGGCCGCCUAGAGACGAACGAGAUUUUACGUUGACAUUAAUUACAAGUAUAAACGAAAAUAAUCCCAUGAAGUUUGUAACACAGGAAAACUUCAACAAAUUAAAUUUGAUUUUGUAA